AUGGGAGGCGCCCAUACUAUUCCAGUGAUUCUAGUAAUUCUUGUGAUUCCUGUGAUUUCUGCUAUUCCUAGACUUCCAAUGCGCCGCGAUAACGCCGCUUUGUCUUCUGAUGUUGUUAAAGUAAAACUAAAGAAGUUCUACUUGCACUUUAGCGCCAAACGACAAAUCGAGGCGUUAUUGCGGUUCAUGGGAAAUCCAGGAAUCAAUGGAGUGAAUAUCGAGAGUACAGUGGGAAUAAAAAGAUUUUGUAAUCAUUUUGCAAAGCUCGUUUUUGAUGUAGCUUUGUCGGUUGUCGGUGCGAUGGAGAGGUUUCUGAGGCUGGGUGGUCUUGGUGGAGGACUCGGACAGUUUGGUGGAGGACCCCCUUCCGACUCUAACCAAGUUGAUACGUCUGAAACAGUCUACAUCUCAUCCCUUGCUCUGCUCAAGAUGCUCAAGCACGGAAGAGCUGGAGUGCCUAUGGAGGUCAUGGGUCUGAUGCUUGGCGAGUUUGUUGACGAGUAUACUGUGAAUGUCAUCGACGUUUUUGCGAUGCCUCAGUCUGGCACGGGUGUCUCCGUCGAAGCAGUGGAUCCUGUUUUUCAAGCAAAGAUGCUCGAUAUGCUGAAGCAAACGGGUCGGCCAGAAAUGGUAGUUGGAUGGUACCAUUCACAUCCUGGUUUUGGCUGUUGGCUCUCAGGUGUUGAUGUUAACACUCAGCAGUCAUUCGAGGCCUUGUCAGAUCGCGCCGUGGCAGUGGUAGUUGAUCCUAUUCAGUCUGUCAAAGGAAAGGUCGUUAUCGAUGCGUUCCGUACCAUUAACCCGCAGACUAUGGCUCUAAAUCAGGAACCUCGUCAAACAACAAGUAACCUUGGACAUCUACAGAAGCCUAGUAUCCAGGCUCUGAUUCACGGCCUGAAUCGGCAUUACUAUUCCAUACCCAUAGCUUAUCGUACUCAUGAUUUAGAACAAAAGAUGUUGUUAAAUCUUAACAAGCAAUCGUGGAUGGAUUCCUUAGCGGUACAAAAUUAUACCAGCUGCAGCGAAAAGAACAAAGAAAGCAUGCAAGCCAUGUUGAAGUUAGCGAAAAUGUAUAAGAAGGCGUUGGAAGAUGAGGAAAAGAUGACUGAUGAAGAACUUGCUAUCAAGAAUGUCGGAAAACAAGACCCAAAGAGGCAUCUUGGCGAAGAGGUCACACGAAUGUUGAGUGACAACAUCGUUCAAAAUCUCGCUGGUAUGAUGGACACAACUUCUUUCCAGUAAUAAUUAUUAUUCUUUAUCUAAUGUAUUCUUCCUUUGAUCGGUUGCGACUAAAUUAUUGCUGUCUCACUGUUGAUCUGCUUCAUAACAGUACUCGGUAAUUGUAUUCUAUGCGGGCUGUUUCGGAGCUUCGUAAACACUACCAUUUCCUUUUCAAGAAUCUGGCCUCGCUGUGGGGAAUGUAAUGAAAUUCAGAUAGUGAUUUUGUUUGUAAACUUAAUUUCUUUUUGGCAGCAGUUUUAGAGCAAAUCAAAGGGUUGCUCCUUGUUUACUGAGCAUUUUUUUGUUAAAUGAGCAUAAUUAAACACUGAACAUUUACAGCCUUAGUUUUAUUUGCAGUUU